AUGUCCGAGUUAUAUACGACCGACAAUGUUGUUUUACGUAUUGAAUGUCAAAUUAAAAAUUUCUAUUGUAAAAGAAAAUUUUCUCUCAAUUGGACUGUUAGUGAUUUACGCGUCUAUUUUGAACAAUUAUUAGAUAUUGAUAUUGAAAAUAUCAUUUUAAAAUUAAAUAAUAAUGUGAAAUUAACAAAUGAUAAUUUUAAAUUAGCCGAAUUAAAUUUGAAAACAAAUGAUCUAAUAUUUAUUGAUUCAGUUAAUCGAGUUGAUGAUAUUGAUGAUGUUAAUGAAUUACCCGACAAAUAUCAAAUGAGUGAUAAAGAUUAUGAUAAAAGACAAAAUACAUUGAGAAAGUUUUUGAAAGAAAAUAAAUUAGGUAAAUAUAGUGGUAAUUUAAAUUUGAGUUAUAAUAAUUCAAAUCAACAUAAACGUUUAGAAUUAGAAAGUAUUGAAAAAUUAAAAUUAUUAAAAAUAGGACAAGAGGUAAAUGUUUGUGAACCGAAUAAACCGUUAAGAACAGCUAAUAUUCAAUAUGUGGGAAUAUUGAGAGGAAUUCGAGAACCAUUUAUUGGUGUAAUAUUUGAUGAACCAGUGGGAGAUAGUAAUGGACAAGAUGGAUGUAUUCGAUAUUUUGAUGCAAAAAGAAAACAUGCAAGUUUUGUACGACCAGAAUAUAUUCAAAUUAGAGAUAAUAUUGAACAAAGUAGUGGUACAGAUAGCGAUGAUAUAAAAUUAGACUAA